UCUGCUUGGCAGAUCAACCAAAGGCAGGAGGGGUUUAUCUGUCUACAUUCUGGGUGCUGCCCUCUGCAAGACCCCCAUGACAGACCCCAGGCCCAAGUCCACUGUGGUACCAUACGCCCGCCCCACCCCAGGCAUUACUCUGGGGUCUGCCUGAGGCCAGCAGUGUGAAGAUGACCAGCGCCUUCCUAGCAUGACGACCUUGGACCAUGUGAUCGCUACCCACCAGGCGGAGUGGGUCUCCUUCAAUGAGGAGCCACUCUUUCCUGUCCCUUCUGAGGGGGGCACCGAAGAGCACCUUCCUGGGCUGUCUUCCUCAGACCAGUCUGAGAGCUCCUCUGGGGAGAACCACGUGGUGGAUGGAGGCUCUCAGGACCUUUCCCACUCAGAGCAAGAUGACUCCUCUGAAAAGAUGGGCCUCAUCUCUGAAGUGGCCUCCCCUCCUGGGAGCCCGGAGCAGCCCCCACCUGACCUGGCCUCAGCCAUCAGCAACUGGGUUCAAUUUGAAGAUGACACACCCUGGGCCAGCACAUCACCACCUCAUAAAGAAACAGCCCUACCGUUGACCCUGCCCUGCUGGACGUGCCCUUCCUUCAACUCCUUGGGGAGGUGCCCUCUGACCUCUGAGAGCAGCUGGACCACACAUUCUGAAGACACCAGUAGUCCCAGUUUUGGCCCCUCAUACACAGACCUGCAGCUCAUCAAUGCUGAGGAGCAGAUGAGUGGCAGGGCUUCUGGGGCUGACUCGACUGAUAAUUCUUCCUCACUUCAAGAAGAUGAAGAGGUAGAGAUGGAGGCCAUCAACUGGGAGGCCAGCAGUCCAGCCAUGAAUGGGCACCCUGUCACUCCAGUGACCUCUGCCCGUUUCCCCAGCUGGGUCACAUUUGAUGACAAUGAAGUCAGCUGCCCUUUGCCACCAAUCACCUCUCUUCUGAAGCCAAAUACACUGCCUAUUGCUUCUGUGACCCCAGAUGUACCUUAUAAUUCAACUGGGUCAUUUAAGAAGAGAGAACGUCCCAAGAGCACGCUGAUGAAUUUCUCCAAAGUUCAGAAGCUGGACAUUUCCUCCUUAAACCACCCACCUUCCAUAACUGAGGCUCCACCUUGGAGGGCAACCAAUCCUUUUCUGAAUGAGACUCUACAGGAUGUACAACCUUCCCCUAUCAACCCUUUCAGUGCUUUCUUUGAGGAGCAGGAGAGGCGCUCCCAAAACAAUUCCAUUUCUGGUACCACAGGCAAAAGCCAAAGAGAUUCCCUCAUUGUCGUCUACCAGGAUGCCAUUAGUUUUGAUGAUUCAAGCAAAAACCAGUCACACUCUGAUGCUGUUGAAAAACUCAAACAACUCCAAAUUGAUGACCCUGAUCGCUUAGGCAAUGCGACACUUCCUGACGAUGACCCAAUAGCCUGGAUUGAACUAGAUGACCACCCGCCUGGUUCAGCACUGUCCCAGCCCAGGGAUGGAUGGCCAAUGAUGCUAAGGAUCCCUGAGAAGAAAAACAUUAUGUCCUCCAGGCACUGGGGACCCAUCUACAUCAAACUGACAGACAGUGGUUACCUGCAGCUGUAUUAUGAGCAGGGCCUAGAGAAACCAUUCCGUGAGUUCAAGCUGGAGAUCUGCCAUGAGAUUUCAGAACCCCGGCUCCAAAACUAUGAUGAGAAUGGCAGGAUCCACAGCUUGCGGAUAGACCGUGUCACCUACAAGGAGAAGAAGAAAUACCAGCCUAAACCUGCUGUGGCCCACACAGCAGAGAGGGAACAAGUGAUUAAGCUGGGCACCACCAAUUAUGAUGACUUCCUGAGCUUCAUCCGUGCAGUCCAGGACCGUCUCAUGGAUCUGCCAGUGUUGUCAAUGGACUUGAGCACAGUUGGCUUGAACUACCUUGAAGAGGAGAUUACAGUGGAUGUCAGAGAUGAAUUCUCUGGCAUGGUGAGCAAAAGAGACAACCAGAUUCUCCGGCACCACGUCUUGACACGGAUCCAUAUUCUGAGUUUCCUCUCUGGGCUUGCAGAGUGCCGCUUGGGCCUCAAUGACGUCCUCAUCAAAGGCAAUGAAAUAGUUUCCCGGCAAGACAUCAUGCCUACUACCACCACAAAGUGGAUCAAGCUCCAUGAGUGCCGUUUUCAUGGGUGUGUGGAUGAGGAUGUAUUCAACAACUCACGGGUUAUUCUGUUCAACCCUUUGGAUGCAUGCCGAUUCGAGCUAAUGCGGUUCAGGACAGUAUUUGCUGAGAAGACCCUGCCUUUCACACUCAGGACGGCAGCAAGCAUCAAUGGGGCAGAGGUGGAGGUGCAGAGCUGGCUUAGGAUGUCAGCCGGCUUCUCCUCUAACCGUGACCCUCUCACUCAGGUUCCCUGUGAGAAUGUGAUGGUUCGUUACCCUGUGCCCAGUGAGUGGGUGAAAAACUUGCGCAGGGAAAGUGUCCUGGGGGAAAAGUCCUUGAAAGCCAAAGUGAACCGGGGGGCAAGUUUUGGCUCCACUAGUGUAUCUGGCUCUGAGCCUAUCAUGAGAGUAACUCUGGGAACUGCCAAGUAUGAGCAUGCCUUCAACUCCAUUGUGUGGAGGAUAAACCGACUGCCUGACAAAAACUCAGCUUCUGGUCACCCACACUGUUUCUUCUGCCACCUUGAACUUGGCUCUGACCGGGAAGUGCCUUCCAGAUUUGCCAAUCACGUGAAUGUCGAGUUCAGCAUGCCCACAACUUCUGCCUCCAAAGCCGCUGUACGAUCCAUCUCCGUGGAAGACAAGGCUGAUGUCAGGAAGUGGGUCAAUUAUUCCGCACACUACAGUUACAAGGUGGAAAUUGAGCAAAAAAAGAGUUUGAAGCUGGACUUGGAAGGAGAUGAAAUGGAAAAUCCCAAGGAGUGUGGGGUCCAGUGACGAAGCCCUACUGCAAGGGGCCCUGACCUAAGAAUCACGAUAGGAUGUCUUUCUGAUUAGCUGAAGUUCAAGUCAGUACCUACCAUGGCUACGCCAUGUUGGAACAGUGUGUUGGUCAUUCCUGUUGGUAGUUACCUGUAUUAUAACAGGAAACCCUGAGGUGGUUGCUUUCGAGAGGCUCUGAUCAUGCCUGAAGCACCUGGCUCACCUGACAUUUGGAGCUUAUUGUAUAAUUAAGCCUCCUUCUCUGCACUCUGCUUAUCUCACAGCACUUGUGUGGUUUGUUGUGACUGUCAGAGUCAGGAAAACAACCUCCCACAUCAGUGUUGGCACGAUUUCCUACUGAUGUUCAUCUGUCACUUACAUGAUUUUCUGGAAAACACAGUCUCAAGAAAUUACUUAACUAAGAAUCCAUCUCUGCCACUCCCUCUAGAAAAGG